AUGAUUGGCAUUUGGAACAAUGAAAAAUCUAGACGUAUCAACAAACCGAAAGCAGCCAUGUUUAUUGCGGUGCUCUUGUUUGUCCCGUUGAAUAUUUUGACAAAUUUUCAACAAUUCGAAAGUCUAGUUGCCGCCACUGAGAUACUCCUCCUCACCUCAAUCAUGUUCCACAGUCUGCUCACCUACAUGGUUUUCAUAAUCUACCAGGAUAUAAUUUGUGAUAACAUAUCGAUAAUCGAGAAUAGAUUCAAUAAUUUUGAGAGGAAUUUGUUGAGGAAAAGUAAUUUUCAGAGGGAUGAGGAGAAGCUUGUUAUGUUUUUGUAUCGGAUUCUCUCCUGUAUUUUCAUUGGUGCUGUGUUGGUGUAUGCUGUAGCACCGUUCUGUGGCAUUGAUUUCCCGUUCCUGCUAUCUCUGCCCUAUGUUGAUGAAGGAUCAUUUUCCUUCCCAUACCUGACGUACACGGCAAUAGUCUUGGUGUCAACGGUACAGGCCAGUGUACAAAUAGCUACAACCAUAGUCUAUGGCGGUUGCAUUAGUAUGGCCAAUGCCCAGAUCAAAAUGCUCGGCCAAUCCUACAGGGAUAUGGGAACCGAGACAUACAAACUGUUCAACACUUUCAAUAUACGGGAUCAUCAAGCCAUUGAGAUAAUCAAGAGGAAUGUUGGACACUAUCUGUUUCUCAAAAGGUUUUGUAACCAGACUUUCAAAGUAUUCAGUGCAAUUCUAUUGUCACAAUUCGUGAUAGCAGAAGUUAUAGCAUGCUAUUGCUUCUUCCAAAUUUAUGAGGGAGUAAAAAUGAUGUCAUUGUACAGAAUAACAUGUGGAUUGCUCCUACUCAGCUCAAUCUCCAUACAUGCUUUCAUCAACUUUUACUGUGGAGAACGAUUGACUAGUACGAGCAACGAAUUCCAAUACGAUCUCUACUGUUCGCAUUGGUACACUAGCAGUGUAAAAGUGAGGAAAAUGCUGAUCAUUGUCGCAGAGUGCCAGAAAAAGCCAAUCAUUUUCAAAGCUGGCUCUAUAGUCCCUAUCACUUUGGGCUCUUUUGUGACAGCAGUACAAGCAGCAGUGUCAUACUUCAAUCUCCUGCUAGCCCUGGCCAAACAAAUGGAGAAAAAGUACAAGUAAAUUUUUAGUCACUGAUGUGAGAUUGAGAUUUACCUACUCUCAAUACUGGCCGCAUUUUUUAAUAUCCUUCAAACAGCUAAUUGACCGGACGUAGUGAGGUCUAUGUUUUAACUCUGAUUUU